UGUGGUGUCUGCCAACAAAGAGUUAUAUGAUAAAUCCUGUCCGGGGUACAAGUUAUUGGAGCGAGAAGCGGAUAUAUGGAGAAAUAUUGCAAAUGAUAUGAACUGCACUGAUGAACAAUGUUCAAGAAGAUGGUUGACUUUGAGGGAACGGUAUGGAAAGGAGAUCCUCCGAAUAAAUGCUCCGCCUGGAAGUGGUGCGUCAGCAGAAAAAGUAUGGCCAUUGAUUGACUCGUUCAAUUUCCUCAAGCAGCAAAUUGUUCCAAACAGGUGCCGAACAUCCAGGAAUUUGAUGGACUUUUUGCCGGAGUCGCCUCAGGAUUCCCUUCCAUCGCCACCAAUCGCUGACGAAAGUCUUUAGAUCCUGGUAUCUUCGCCACCUGUUCUACCUAUAGACUCCACCGUUUCGCCUGGUCCACUUACAGUCUGCACCGCUGAAGUGUUGGCUUUUCCUACAGCCUCCACGACUACAAAUCGUCGGGGAAAAAAGAGGAGCAAAGAAAUCGAAGUAGAUAAUUUGUUUUGCGAGGCUGUGGAUGCGUUUAAACAGGCAUGCGCACCUCUUGAGCAGGCAGAUGAGAGGGACGACGUAGUAGAUGCCUUUACGAAGAUGAUGAAGGCAUCAAUAAAGCAAAUGAGCGCUAGUAAGCAAACCAUGGAGCACAUAACCAGUGUAGUGAUGACUCUUCAAAGAUAACCAGAGCAUUAGGUGUUAUUUAGUAACUAUAGUGCCUCUGUAUAAGUGUGUAGUUUAUACAGUGAAGUACAUUUAAAAUCAUAGUGCCUAUGUUUUUUUAUUAAGAAAUGGCAUUAUUAUUUUUUAUGAAUUCGGGUGAAAGUCUUUAAAUUUGAUCGUGCAUUUUUUUAAAAAGCCGAGUAACUCAAUUUAGUCUACGGCGACCUGAUUGAGACCUGACUUUAUAUACGGUCACUCCAUUAUAUCUGCGUAUGCCCUUAUUUUUUUAAACAAAGUUUCAAAGUGUAUGCGUUUUUCUCCAUACAAGGUAUGAGUGAAUUCUUUUUAUAUGGAAAAUAUUACGUAAGCUGCCCGCAAAAAAAAUUAUUGAAAAUCAACGCGAUUCCUAGACACUUUAAAGUUGUACAUUUUUAAACCAAAAUUGAAUUAAAUGUUCCUCAAUUUUGUAUACACUUUGAGACUUUGAUUUAAACAGUUUUGUUUGUAGCAUGAACCAUAUUUUUGUACAAAAAUAACAAAAAAAAUUAUAGCUUGCAAAACAUUGUGAAUAUUUAUAAAAUCAGGCGUGAACGCAUAUAUAAUGGAGCGAGUGUAUGUGGAUAAUAUGUAUAAUUACACGCAGGGGCAAAAAAGUAGGUGUGCAAUAUUUUGACCACUUUCUCAAGAUUAUUAAAUGUUAAUUAAUUUUUUAUGAGACUAGGUCAUUAUAUAACUAACAACAUAAAAACCCAAAUUUUAAACUUUGUACAGUACUUUGAAGAAUUAAAGGUUUUGUAUAGGUAAUUUUACAAAAUACUAAAAAUUAACGAGAUAUUUAAACCACACAAAAUUUCCACAUUAGCAUACUUAAUGUUCGAAUUAUGAAAGAAAUCAAGAGAAAAUAUACAGAGCUGAUAAAUAUAUUAAACGCCUACUUUUCCUGUAUA